AUGAAAACAAUUGGUUUUUACUUUUUCAUUAAAUUGAUAGCAAGUUUUGUUAACGGAAUAAAGUACAAAAAAGAGGUCGCUUUUACCAAAUGGCAUAUACAGAAUACGGAGGGGGAACGACUAUUAUUCCUCAAUAAUGUAUACAUUAAUAAAAAUAUAGAUAAAAAAAAAAAAAACAUAUUAGCUCAUAGUGAUAUACAAAAUUUAAAAAAUGGACAAGGAGAUAGUAAUUUAUUGACUAAGAAAAACAAAAUAUCAUUUACAAAAGGCAAGCAAAUUGCUACCAUAGGACCUGCAACGGAAAAUUUCGAAGAAUUAGAAAAACUUUAUUUAAAUGGUAUUGAUGUAUUUAGGUUAAAUUUUUCUCAUGGACUAAAAAGUAUUAAAAAGUACAUAAUUAAUUCUAUUAGAAUAUUAGAGAAGAAAUAUGAUACAUCUAUUGCAAUACUAGGAGAUAUACAAGGACCUAAAAUAAGAAUAGGAGAAUUCGAAAAAAAUGAAAAAAAUGCAAUGGACAGUAAUACUUUUGUUGAAUUAAAGGAAGGAGAUUCUUUUUCUUUCGAUUUGUUGGAUAAACUAGGAGAUCAAAAUAGAGUUUCAUUAAAUUAUCCUGAUUUGCUAAAAAAUGUAAAAGUAGGUCAGAUGAUAUUAUUAGAUGAUGGAAACUUAAAUAUGAAAGUUGUUGAAAACAGUUAUGAUGAACAAAAUAAACAAAAUAGUUCUAUAAAAGUACAAGUUAUAACAGGUGGGAAAUUGUAUAGUAAAAAAGGCUUUUGUGUUCCAAAUAUGAUUAUGCCUAUCGAAGUAUUAAAUGAAAAAGAUAUAAAAGAUAUUUUAUUUUGUUUAAAUGAAGAGGUAGACUUUUUAGGUUAUUCUUUUGUUCAAACAAAAUAUGAUUUAAUCUUUUUAAAAAGUAUUAUUAAUGAUUAUUAUGAAAGUGAUUUUUAUAUAAAUAAAAAAAAAGAUAGAAUUAAUUAUGACAUAAAUACUUUAAAGAUAAAACAGUAUGAUGAUGAAAAUGAUUUUUAUAUAAAAGAAGUAAAUGAUUACUACAAUAAUUAUUACUUAAAAAAUUACCAAAGGUAUAAACAAAUAUACAAUAUAUACAAAAAUCAGAACUUAGAAAUAAAUCAUAAUCAAAAUGAGGAAAAGGAUUUUGCCAAUUAUGAUAAUGAGAAUACUACUCAUGACAGUAACAUUACACAACAUAAUGAAAAUCAUACAUCUGCUAAUUCGAAAAAUGGUGAAUAUAUUGAAAAUUAUGAAGAAGCCUCAAUUAAUGCAAACAAAAUUUUUAUUAUCUCCAAGAUUGAAAAACCUUCGGCAGUAAAAAAUAUAGAAAGCAUUAUAAAAUUAUCUGAUGGUAUAAUGAUAGCAAGAGGGGACUUAGGAAUUGAAACAGAUUUGUCCAAUUUACCUAUAUUGCAAAAAAAGAUUAUAAAUUCAUGUAGAAUUAAAUAUAACAAACCUGUUAUUGUAGCAACACAAAUGAUGGAAAGUAUGAGAUUUCUCCCAACCCCAACGAGAGCAGAGGUUUCUGACAUUGCUACAGCCCUAUAUGAUGGGUGUGACUGCGUAAUGUUAUCAGCUGAAACAGCCACUGGAAAAUAUCCUGCUUUAACUGCUUUGACACAAAAUAAUGUAAUUAAGGGUGUAGAAAAUGAUAAUUAUUAUUAUGAAUAUUCACAAAAAAAAAUGGAUAACACUAAUAAUGCUAAGUAUGUCCAACAGUUAAAUAAAACAUUGGUUUAUGAUAAUUCCUAUUUUGAGAAAUUACUUCAUAGUAUAAGAGAUAUAAGUAAUAACAUAAACUUGAAAUCUAUUAUUUUAUUCUCCAAUGAGUUUCAAAAAAUUCAAAAAUUAAGUAAUAUGAGAGCAAAAGCUCCUAUCAUUGUUAUAACAGAAAAUGUUUACCUAGCUAGGAAAUUACAACUAACAUGGGGAGUAUAUCCCCACCUUUUUAACUCAAAACAGGUAUCCAAUGAUGAUUUCUUAUCAUUGAUCAACUACGGAUGUAAGGUCUCAAAAGAAGAGGGUUUUGUUAAUUCUCCCGAUGAAUAUUCCCUUGUGACCUUUACAAAAAAUAUUAACAAGUCAGCUAAUUUGCUUUACUUGUGCCAGCCAUGUUUGAAUGACUCUUAG